CCGCCCAGUUACCCCGUUUCGAGCUUUAUCUGCCCUGGUGCCUGGAGAGCUGCGGGGUCGGGGCGCGGGGUGCGGUGUGAUGGGAAGGGAGGAGGUCCUAGGGGGCCGGGCCAGAAGCACGGGAUUUCCGCCUAGGCAAGGCCGUUAGGCUGAAUCCUGCGGGCGAAGGCCAGGUGGAGACUCCCGGGGCCAGAGCGACCCGAGCUUGGGCCGGGAGAGGGCCGGGCUGGGGAAGGCGGGGCGAAUCGCAGCAUCGUCGCUUAGUCUAGGAUUGGGGGCGGGGACAGGACCUGGGCCGCCGAGACGGAAGCGAUGAGGAGGCGGGGCUGGGCGUAGCCAGGGACCGAGACUCGGAGAAGUCCGCGGGGCUGGCGGAAGAUGACUGAAGGGACUGGCCAGGCCGGGCCCGGCAUGGGGACUCCGGCAGUGCUGCCGCUGGACGGGCUUCUGCACGUCUUCUCUUUCCUGGAGCCGCCGGAUCUGCUCCGCGCGGCCCAGGUGGACAAGGUCUGGAAUGAAGCUGCUGAGUCUGCCUUCCUGUGGAGGAGUCUGAGCCUGAGCAGAUGGACUUUUUGUAACAUUUCUCAAUCAAGUAAAGGACCACAGACAUGGAAACAGUACUAUCUCCAACGUUCUCAAGUGGAACACCAAAUGGCCCGUGGGAGGCCCUCACAAGAUUUCACUUGCAAAGCCAUUUCAGGGCACGAAGGAAAGAUAGAUGGAAUAGCUUACCUCUCCGCCGGUGAACACACGUUUGAUGGGCAGAAGAAGUCAGUGGUGUGCACUGUGUCAACAGACUGUACUGUCCGGGCCUGGAAUGUGCAAGAGGGCACUCAGAUCUGGUCCAGUCCUAUUCAGCGGGCACCGCUGAGGAGCAUCUUGACUAUCCCUGAGCGUCAGCUGGUCAUCACCGUGGAUGGGCAAGGGACUGUCAAGGUGUGGGAUGGACAAACUGGGAAGGAGCAGGCCACCUUUGUCACCUCCUCUUCCUGCUGUAAUCUGGUGCUCUGUGAGGGACCAGAAGGCCCCUUCUUGACAGUGGCCAUCACAGAAGGUGUGCUUUAUACCUUAACAGUUCCCUGCUUGAAGGAGGUCUCCCAAGUUACUGCAUUUCAGAACUGUCAUAUAGAUUUGCUACGCUGCUCACAAGACAAGAACUGGAUAUUGGUUGGCUCUACCAAGAAUCCGGAUGUUUUGGUAAAGGUGUUUCACACAGAUUCCUUGAUCAGACCAUCUCAAGAUAAACCUCUUUCUACUUCCCUGCCUGUUGGAGGAUGUCGGAAUGCCAGCUGGGCACCCAAAGAAGCAGGCAGGUUAAUUGUGCUGCAUCAAGAUAGAAGAACCAGGAACCUGUCUAUCACCACUUUUGAUAUAACAUCAAAACGAUCCAAGAAUAAAAUGGAAAUUCUGGCACAACAGGUUGCAAGUUUCACAUUGCCAGAAUCCAUCAGAACACCUCAUAUACUGGAAAGCCAUGGUACUGACAUCAUUCUUCUAGGAUGUGGAUCAGAGCUGACAAUCUUUUCAAUGACUGGCAACCUGUUGGCAUCCUUUCUAGACCAUCACCAGACAAUCACAUCCAUAUGGGUGGACAGUUUCCGUGUUGUCACCUCCUCCCAGGACAUCUCUCUCCGAGUAUAUACGUGGAAAAGGGAAAAGAACACUGUUGUUCUUAAAAGCUGCUAUCAUUUACUAGGGGGAUCUCACAGGUGGUCCAGUGGAUUCACAGAUGUGGUAUGUGACAAUGUGAGCAUCGUGGCUGUGGAGUCCAGAAAAUGUGGCAUGAACAUUUUAAAAGCUUAUCUCUUCAACCUAUAACAUAUUUACCAUGAGAGUAGUUAUAGUUUUGUCUCUCCAUUCUGCCUUUAGUAAGGAACAUUAAAAAUUAGAAAAAAUCUUGACCAAUAAAUUGGAAAGAAAUCGUAAUAACAUUCAUUUAAACAAAUAUUUGCUUCUGUGCUAUAUCUGAGGCUGUAUGUACAAAGGAUGUAAAGUGCGUAAGAUUUUAUGUUAUGUAAAGAAUUGCAUUUUCUGUUUUCUGUUAGUAGCAUGUAUUACUUAAGCAUGUACCUAUGUGAUUGAAUCCUUGGAACUUUUUUUUUUAUUUGAAUCUGUAUAAGUUGGGCAACUUAAAAGUGUGUAAUGUGAUAAAUGUCUUCUGUUUUAAUGGCUAGAUCUAGUAUUCCUUGAGAUCAUAUGCAAACUCGGUACUCCCUUCUUCAACUAGGCAAUGAAUAUUUCAAUUACUGAAGGUUCUUUUUGUUAAGGGAAAGUACAACUCAUCAUUACCCACUUCAAAAGAGUUUAUUCUGCAUGCUAAUGUGACCAUUCCAACUGCUUCACUCCAGUACAUUUACCAAACACUUGACCCACAAAGUUGCCUAGGUAUUGUAAGUGAUGUAUUUCUGCUGCCAAGUUCUCUUUAAAGUGCCUGGGAAAGAAGCCUUUCUUCUGAUUUCUCCUAGCAAGUGUUUUCCUAAUCCCUUUUAUUUUAAAAGCAGUACAGAAAUGGAAGAGUUUGAAUGUUAGCAAUGAUAUGUACAUAGGUGAUCUUAUUCUUUUGUCCAGGAAAAAGCCUGAUACUUUUUUUUUUUUCUUUAGGUUGAAUUUAAUUCCUGAAGUUGUAUGUCACCACUAGUUUUUCCCUAGAUGUCUUUUGCAUUUUGCAUAAAAUGGUAUUAUUCCACUUGAUAGUGAGAUGUAAUUUAAAUUGCUUUUCUAGUAAGAGGAAUUGGUUUACCUAACUAUUUCUACAUAAUUUUAUAUGGUUCCUCUUUUUUAUUUAACCUUUUAAAACUUAUUUUAUUUUUUCCCAAUUGUAGACAGAGAGAAUUUUUUUUAACAUUUUAAAAAUUUUUUUGAGUUCCAAAUUUUCUCCCUCUUUCCUUUCCUGAGAGGGUAAUUUGAUGUUACAUACAUGCAAUCAUGCAAAAUACAUUUCCAUAUUAGUCAUGUGAGAGAAAAAACCCCCACAGAUCUUCCCCCCCCCCCCCAAAAAAAAAUCCCACAACGAAAAAGUGAAAAACAGUAUGCUUUAGCAUAUGUUUGGAGUCUUUAGGAGUUCUUUCUCUGGAGGUAGAGAGCAUCUUUCAUCACAAGUCCUUUGUAAUUGUUGCGGAGCAUUGUAUUGCUGAGAAUUGUUAAUUUAUUCAUUUGAUCACUGUACAAUAUUGCUAUUUCUGUGUACACUGUUCUCCUGGUUCUGCUCACUUCACUUUGUAUCAGUUCAUGCAUCUCUCCAGGUUUUUCUGAAAGCGGUCCACUUAUCACUUCUUUUAUAGCACAUUGUAAUCAUAUACUACAUGUUUAACCAAUCCCCAAUUGAUGGAAAUCCUCUUGAUUUCUAAUUCUUUGCCACUACAAAAAAGACCUAAAAAUAUUUUAAUGUAUAGUAAAUCCUCUCCCCCUUUCCCUAUUUUAGCUUUUUAAAAAUCUCUUUGGGAUAAAAAUCUAGUAGAGUUAUUUACUGGGUCAAAGGGCAUGUUUAUAGUUGAGUAUAGUUUCAAAUUGCUCUCCAGAAUAAUGGGAUCAGGUCACAACUCCAUCAAUGGUGGAUUAAUAUCCCAAUUUUCCCAUAUCCCCUCCAAUUUCCAUUUUUUGGUCAUAUUAGUCAAUCUAAUAGAUGUGAAAGGAUACCUCAGAGUAUUAAUUUGCAUUUCUGUAAACAAACUCUAGUGGUAGAACAUUCUUUCCCUUAUGAUUAUAGAUAGCUUUGGAUUUUUCAUCUGAAAGCUGCCUGUUUGUAUCCUUUGAUAUGAUUUAUCAAUUUGGGAAACAACUUGUAUUCUUAUAAAUCUGACUCACUUAUCUAAAUAUCUGAGAAAUAAGGCCUUUAUCAGACACUUGCUGUUUAAAAAAAAAAAAAAGUCCCCUAAUUUUCAGCUGUCUUUUGAUCUUGGCUGCAUUGGUUUUAUUUGUGCAAAACCUUAAAUUUAAUGCAAUCAAAAUAGCCCAUUUUAUAUCUUGUAAUGUCCUAUCUUGGUCAUAAAUUCUUCCUUACCCAUAGAUCUUACAGGUAAACUAUUCCAUGCUCCUUUAAUUUGUCCAUGGUUAUCACCCUUUAUGUCUAAAUCAUGUACCCAUUUUGACCUUUUCUUGAUAUAUAGUGUGAGAUACUAGUCUAUACCUUGUUUCUGCCAGACUGUUUUCCAGUUUCCCCAGUAGUUUUUGUCCAAUAGCGAGUUCUUGUUCCAAAAGCUUGGAUCUUUUGUGUUUAUCAAACACUAGAUUACUAUGGUCAAUUAUUAUUGUGUAUUGUGCACAUGGUACCUGAAGUUCAAGAUAUACAUUUUUUGUUGUUA